AUGCCACCAGGACAAUCCGACCGCCGAAAAGGCUCAAAAGCAAAAUCUCAAUCCCAAUCACAAUCACAACGAACCCGCCAACCGUCAAAACAUCCUGCCCGUAAACCGAGCAAUGACAGACGAAACCUCCAAUCAACCAAGUCCUCACUCAACUUCAACGCCACAAUCCCAAUCCCCUUACAACAACUCGUCCUAGACGUCUUCAAAACCGCCCUCCUCCCAUCCAACCCCGCUCCCGCUCCCGCAAGCGCAUCGCAAGAUAACCCCGAAGAAGACCGCAACGACCCCACAAUCGAAGAACCACUGGACAUAAAAACACUCGUCCAGACGAUAAAGACACACCUCUACCAGCGUGACUUUGAUUCCGCGUUCACGGAUGCGGGCGAGGACUUGUUGCGCGCUUAUGCGUUGCGGUGGAGCGCGGCGCGCGCGUUGGGGUAUGCGGGUCUUUUUAGAGCUGUGUUGAGGUGGAUGGGGGAUGGGAAUGGGAAUGUGGGAAAGAAACAUGAUUUAAUAUCUGGGAAUGAUCGGACGAGAGUCGUUUGUGUUGGUGGUGGAGCUGGGGCGGAGAUUGUUGCGCUUGCUGCUGCUUGGAGAAGUCUUGGCCAGAAGGGGGUGGACUCGGAGUUGGAAGGGGAUCAGGGAUUGAAGCUGGGGUCGCUUUCUUUGGAUGACUCGGAGAAUGGGGAGAAGAAUGAGGUUGAUGCUAAGGCUGCCUCUUCUUCUUCUCUAUCGACGACGGGACUUUCGGUUGCGGCGGUUGAUAUUGCGGAUUGGUCGAGUGUUGUUCAGCGAUUGGAGAGGACUAUUAAGUCCGAUGCUGUGUACAAACUGCGAAGUUCCGAGUAUCAGCCGCCUCUUGUUCCGUCUGAAGGAGAAGGGGAUAAUGGUGGAGGGCUUUCCGUCUCCUUUCGAAAAGAUGAUGUUCUGAGUGUUUCGGAGGAUGAGUUGAAAGAUGUGCUUUUGGAUACGGGCUCAUCUUCUCUUCUCGUAACGCUUAUGUUUACGCUGAAUGAGCUGUUCUCUACUUCCAUGGCCAAGACGACGGGGUUUUUACUUCGCAUGACGGAAAUUCUUCCUUCGAAUGCGGUACUGUUGGUGGUUGAUAGUCCGGGUAGUUACUCGACUCUGAAGAUGGGUAAGGAUGAAAAUGGGGCUCCGGUGGAGAGGAAUUACCCCAUGAAGUUCCUUCUGGAUCAUACGCUGCUCUCAGUGGCAGAGGGGAAGUGGGAGAGGGUUUAUACGGAAGAUUCGCGGUGGUGGAGACGUGAUGCUGAGCGAUUGCGGUAUAAGGUUGGGGAGGGUGCGGGUUUGGAAGAUAUGCGAUUCCAGUUACAUCUAUACCGCCGGCUCUAA